AUGUCUGAUUCACGUUACAAUCGCUCACAAUCUUAUCGUUCAGAGUACAAUAGAGAUCGUCGCGAGCGCUUAACUUACCGCGAUGAUGGAAGAGAUCGUCGUCGGAGACCUGGAGAUAGAUCAAGAAGUCCUGACCGUUACUCUGGCGAUGGUAGGGGAACUCGUCUAGAUUAUCGUAGUAGGGAUGACUACGUUUACAGGGAAAGAACAGCCGACAAUAUUGCUCGUCCUUGGGGCAAUAAAGGGUAUUCAGAAGAGCGCCGUAUAAGUAAUGGCAAAUGGAGGCAUUCAAGACUGGACAUGUCAGGCGAGGAACGUUCACAUGAACGUCGUAAUCUGGGUGAACCGAAUAAUUUCGUAAUUUUACAAGGCCUUCCUUUUUCAAUUACCGAACACCAAGUCGGUUUCUAUCGCCUCUCCUCUCCUUGUAUUCAACAAACUCUCGAAAGCUUACAAGCGAGCAUUGAAAAUAUAAGAUUGAUAAAAGAUCAUAAGACAGGAACAUCUCGUAGAUAUGCUUUUGUCAAAUUCACGAGCGUAGAACAUGCACGUCAAUUCAUCGAAGCCAAUCAUCCAUUUAUUAUAGUUGAUAAAGUACGAGUAAAUAUUGCAUAUAGUCAUAGUGCAUCGGUCGAAGAUGAAGGUUGGGCGUGUAAAAGUGUAUCAGGCUCUCUUCAUUCUGCAUCUUCAGGAUCAUUUUUGAAUUUCAACGACGGGUCAAAAGAUGCGAGCUUUUAUCCUCACAGUUUUUUAUUAGUCCGUGGCUUGGAUCCUUUGACGACCGAGGAGAGUUUGUAUUCUGCAAUUAACCCAAUAAGUCCUCAAGGAAUGCUCAAAAGAGUAUUGCUUAUAAAGGAUCGAGCAUCGAGAAUAUCUUGGGGAUUUGCAUUCUUAGAAUAUCGAGAUAUUCAGACAUCCGUAAAAGUUUUAUCUCUAGUUUGUGAUCAGCAAAAAUUCCCUAAAGGAUUUAUCAUCGAUUCACGUAGUGUUUCCAUAACAUACGCAAAUCCUGGAUGCUUUAUUCCUGUAUACGCCACAACUGAAUGGAAAGUUUGGGGAGAUGAAGGCGUAGCGUUAUCAUAUUGGGAUGAUAAGGCUUACGCAGUAGAAUACCUAGGGCCAAUUUCUACUAAUAUUAAUGAGCCCCAACAACUCAGCUCUGUGAUAAAUGACAUCCGCGAUUCUGAAGUUGCAGAAAUUUCAGUGCAAGAAAAUGAAGCAGAUUCGAAAAGUUCUGUAGCCGAAGAAAAUAAAGAAAGCCGUAAUGUGGAAGAUGAAUUAAACGCAUUUUACUCGGAUAUGGGUGCGGUUCUCACAUCAAACGGUAAAAUAUUGGCAAACUUGGAUAUUUCUGUCAAGGGUGGUGGUGAUGAAGCCUACUUUAAACAAUCAUCCUCGGUGGAGUUGGGCUCCAAUAUUCAAGAAUCUUUAGCAUCGUUAGAUUCUUUUACCUCUAAACAACCACAACCUCAACCUCAACAAUCUUUUUUUCCAAAUCGUGAUUUGCAAGUUACUACAACGAAUCGAGAGGAAGUUAUUACUGUUUCAUCAAGCGAACUCAAAGAAAUAACUACACAGCGGCAGCAGCAGCUAUUAAACCAAUCUUAUUCGCCCAAUUCUGUCAUCAACACUCCUUACAAUAAUCUCAAAACUAAUGUCUAA